AUGGAAAACAAAUUCAAACCCAGCACUCGCUCACGUCUUCGCUUCAUCUUAUCCACCAUCUUCCUCUCCACAGCAAUAAUAUCAACAUUCCUUCUCCUAGCCCACAAACAACUCCUCCCCUUCCUCGCCCCCGUCCAAAAUCUCAUCGUCUAUCAAAUCUGUCCCGAAGCCCACGACCACACCAGCGGAGCGAACUCAAUCCCCCAAAGCGAAUUCUACCCGAAAAUCUUCACCCCCAUCCCCGCGCUCGAAGCCGCGCUCGGAGACCCGGAGGAUGUAGACUGGGAUGAAUAUCUUCUCACUCCCAACGGCGGGUUCAUCAUAGUAGAUGAAGGAGAGGGGGUUACGAAGGGGUACGGAGUAACCAUGUUUCAUCAAUUGCAUUGUUUGGGCAUGAUUAGAACGAUGUUAUUUGGGGGGCCGAUGAAUCAUGAUCAUGAGGUUCAGGGGGCAGAGUGGUCGAAGAAUCCGUUGCAUUUUUUGCAUUGUUUGGAUUACAUUGCGCAGGGAAUUAUAUGCACGGCUGAUGAUACUCUUGAAGUUCCUAAACCUACGACAAACGCCAUGGGCAAAGUGGUGGAUGGGAUAGAUGGUAUGGGCCAUGAGCAUCAAUGCCGCAACGCGAGUGCUUUGAGAGAGAAAGUGCUUCUUAGUGAAAGUAAGCCGGUCUGGAGAGCAGCUCUUGGUCGGACUAGUGUUUUUAGUCAUCGUGCUAUUCCUGUAACCUGA